GGGGCGCCAUCUUUGAUUUUUUUUUUCCCCCGCACUGAAGACCAGCCCCUCUGCGCAGCUCCUCCGCGGCGUGUUGUUGUUUCCAGGAGGACCGAGGUUAUGACCGGCGGGAGCGCGUUUCACAAAAGCUACAACAACGGCAAAGACUCCGAGUCCACGAUGGACGUGGAUAUGGACUCCAGCCACAUGGAGAGCGAGCGGGGCGACCUGGACAGCAGCAUCCCGGCGGCGGGCUCCUCCAACGGCAGCGGCGGGGAGGAGGACGAGGCGGAGGCCCUCGGUCGCAUGAGAGAAGCCGGGUGCUCGAGUAGCCAGCGCCGCCCGGACGGAGGCGGCGGGUACUGCGGCGGCCGGGAGCAGGAGGUGUCGGUGGAAAUCGGAGAGACGUAUUUAUGUCAACGAGCCGACAAGACGUGGCAUACAGCAGAGGUCAUUCAGUCCCGAUUGAAUGAGCAGGAGGGAAGAGAGGAGUUCUACGUUCACUAUGUGGGAUUCAACAGGCGCCUGGACGAGUGGGUGGGCAAAGCCCGCCUGGCGCUCACCAAGACGGUGAAGGACGCGGUGAGGAAGAGCACGGAGAUGGGCAGCAUCGGGGAUCUGUGCGAGCAACCCGAAAGGAAGAUCACUCGCAACCAGAAGCGGAAACACGAUGAGAUCAACCACGUGCAAAAGACGUACGCAGAGAUGGACCCAACGACGGCGGCUCUGGAGAAGGAGCAUGAGGCGAUCACUAAAGUCAAAUACGUGGACAAGAUCCAGAUCGGGAACUUUGAGAUCGACGCGUGGUAUUUCUCUCCGUUCCCCGAGGACUACGGCAAGCAGCCCAAGCUGUGGAUCUGCGAGUACUGCCUGAAGUACAUGAAGUACGAGAAGACCUUCAGACAUCACCUGUCUCACUGUCAGUGGAAACAGCCUCCAGGCAAAGAGAUCUACAGGAGAAGCAACAUCUCUGUGUUCGAGGUGGACGGGCGUGACCACAAGAUCUACUGUCAAAAUCUUUGUCUUCUAGCAAAGCUGUUCCUGGACCACAAGACGCUGUACUUUGACGUGGAGCCGUUCAUCUUCUACAUCCUCACCGAGGUCAACAAGCAGGGCGCGCACAUCGUGGGCUACUUCUCCAAGGAGAAAGAGUCUCCAGAUGGGAACAACGUGGCCUGUAUCCUCACGCUGCCUCCCUACCAGCGCCGAGGCUACGGCAAGUUCCUCAUCGCCUUCAGUUACGAGCUGUCCAAGCUGGAGAGUGCGGUCGGCUCUCCUGAGAAGCCUCUGUCCGAUCUGGGGAAGCUGAGCUACAGAAGCUACUGGUCCUGGGUGCUGCUGGAGAUCCUGAGAGACUUCAGAGGAACGCUGUCCAUCAAGGACCUCAGCCAGAUGACCAGCAUCACGCAGAGUGACAUCAUCAGCACGCUGCAGUCGCUCAACAUGGUGAAGUACUGGAAGGGUCAGCACGUCAUCUGUGUGACGCCCAAACUGGUGGAGGAGCACCUGAAGAGCGCCCAGUACAAGAAGCCCCCGAUCACAGUGGACACCAUAUGUCUGAAGUGGGCGCCGCCCAAAAACAAACAAGUCAAGUUGUCGAAGAAGUGAGAGGCGGAGCCACGUCUGUUUUGUAUCGUCUGUUCUGUUUCCUGCUGUUAUGAAAACUCAAUGUACAUAUUCAUUCAUCUGUAGCAUCUCGCAGUAUUUUCUUAAAAUAUGUCGACAAAGACAAACAG